AUGCCAAAAUUUGCAAAAAAGACUAUUAUACCGGUUAUCGCCAUUACAAUCAUUCUAAUCAUAACGUUCUUAGAAACUUCUCAUAAUGAUUCGCUAUAUCGAACAUCAACACAAGUCUUUGAUUCGCUCAGUCAUUUAUCAUUCACAUCGCCUGAAAACCCAAACAAUCAGGAAAAACAACCACAACAAAAUAAAAACAAAAACAAGAACAAAAACAAAAAGCAUAGUGUAAGCUCCGGUUCCAGCUCACUACUUCUGGGAUCCAAGGAUGAGCUGACAGAAAUUAACGAGGUCAAAAUGGACCCUUGCACUGUUCAGAACCCGAUUAGCAAGGGCUUUAUUGAUCUUCGAGGACUUUCUGCUCUGGGCAACGAAAACAAACCAAUAUCAUGGAAUGCAAAAGGGUACGAUUCAGGGAAAAAUUACACAAUUAGUGUCUGCUCCAACCCAUUUAAGAAACACCAUGACGAGGCAACAGAAAUACAAGACAAACUCAACCAAACAUUGAUUGGAGCCUAUUACAUAGAUGCGCUUACAAACAAGUAUGUAUCCAUUGGCGAGUACUCUACAGAACCCAAAUUUAGGGGCAGGAAACUCACAUUGACAUACGAAAAUGGCUCAUACUGUAACUCUUAUGAUGUAAAUACGGGUCUAAGAUUGAGGAAAUCCACUAUUCUCACCUUCACGUGUGAUCGAGAAAUGUCUGCAAAAGCUUCCGUUUCGUACAUUGGCAGCUCCAACGAUUGUACAUAUUUUUUUGAGGUUAAAAGUCAUCACGCUUGUCCCACAGCAGCAAAAGCGAAUAAUCUUGCAGCAGUUUGGAUCUUUUUAUUCAUCUUUUUGGCCGCUUUGUUUGUAUACCUCAGUGGCGGCUUAUUAUAUAGACACAUGAAAGGAAGCCGGAAAACUAGCAGCAAAGUAUAG